AAUUUUAUCCGACUCAAAAUACAGAUCGUGGUUUGAGCAUUGGAUCAGAUAUUAAACAGCUAGUUGCGGUAAGAGGGGGGCUAUUUUAAGAUAUUCUGUGUUCGGGCAAAUUUUACUUUACUCUUUUUUUUAAUAUCGGAGGAGUUUGACAGAAGAAUUCAAAGAAAAUCUUGUGAUACAUCGUAAAGAGGAACCACGCAGGAAGAGCUUUGCUAGACGUUUCCAUAGCCUACGGAGGAUGAACUUGAAACCUGGCUGGCUGCUGCUUCUAUCCAUCUCUGCUGGGGUCUGGUCAGUGCCUAUUGAUCGCAAUGCAGGCAACCAGGAAGUUAAAGAGGAAGUGCCAGAGGAGAACGGGGACACUGGUCUGUACUACGACAGGUAUCUCAGAGAGGUGAUCGAGGUUUUGGAGACAGACCCUCACUUCAGAGAGAAACUGCAGACAGCAAACACGGAGGACAUCAAGAAUGGUCGUCUCAGUAAAGAGCUGGACCUGGUCAGUCACCACGUCAGGACUCGUCUGGAUGAGCUGAAGCGUCAGGAGGUUUCUCGCCUCAGGAUGCUGCUCAAGGCCAAGCUGGACAGCACCAACAUACAGACCCUGCAGAUGGACCACGCCUCCCUGCUGAAGCAGUUUGAACAUCUGGAUCCCCACAAUCAAAACACCUUUGAGGCCAAAGACCUUGAGCUGCUCAUCUCGACGGCCACCAAGGACCUGGAGAACUACGACGCUGAGCGACACGAGGAGUUUAAACGCUACGAGAUGCUGAAGGAGCACGAGAGACGGGAGUACCUGAAAGGCCUGGACCAGGAGAAGAGGGAGAAGGAGGAGAAGAGAAUGCAGGAGCUUAAGGACAAACACCGCCAGCACCCCAAAGUCAAUGUUCCGGGUAGCGUUGCUCAGCUACGGGAAGUUUGGGAGGAGACGGACGGCCUGGAUCCUCAGGAGUUCAACCCUAAAACAUUUUUUAAACUGCACGAUACAAAUGAAGAUGAUGUUUUAGAUGAGCAGGAGUUAGAGGCUCUUUUCACUAAAGAGCUGGAAAAGGUCUACGACCCAAAGAACGAGGAAGAUGAUAUGAUGGAGAUGGAGGAAGAAAGGUUGAGGAUGAGGGAGCAUGUCAUGAAGAAUGUGGAUACAAAUAAAGAUCGCCUGGUCAGCCUGGAGGAGUUCCUCAAAUCCACCGAGAAGAGGGAGUUCAAUAAUCCCAGGGAGUGGGAGACUCUAGACACCAAGCCGCUGUACACAGAGGAAGAGCUUGUGCGGUUUGAGGCCGAACUCCGGGACAAAGAAGAGGAGCUGAAGAGGAAGGCGGAGAAUCUGCGUCAGGAGCAGGAGCUGCUCAAAGAGAGAGGCAAAGCCCUGGAGGCCCAGAGGAGAGAGUACCAGCAGGCAGUAUUAGAGAUGUCCCAGAGACAGAAAGAGCCGCAGGCAGCGGAUGGGCAGCCUCCUGCGGGUCCUAAUGGAGAACUACAGUUCCAACCAGAGGCACAAAAACCAGAAGUGAAAGAAGAAAAAGUCGCAGCUGAACACGUAGCCGAAGCUCCGAAUAAUCUGCCAGCAGAGCCUCCACAGAAUCUGCCUAUACACACUUAAUGCAGCGCGCUCUGACAGCCUUAACGCACACGCACACACAUACACGCACACACACGCACACACACACUAUCAAGCACACACUCCGAUUUGCACUGAUACACAUAUCCAGAUGGGUUCUCCGAACUCAGCUAUGUGAGCUGUAUGUAUAAAGUGAGACAGACGUGACUUGUGAAUCAUGACAUAUUGUACUGUGUGUUCAUUUCUGUGGUCUACAUUAGAUUAAAGAUCUGAAAACAGCCGUUAGCUCUAAAUGUAUUUUCAGAAAUCUUCAGUUUCAGUGAAGUUUUUAUUAUUAAUGCAGGGUUUUAUUUCAGUGUCAAAUCAUCAACACCAUCAAAUAAAGUUUUAACUUAAAACCUCAUAA